AUGAAGGAUGGUCUCUGGACUGUCUUCUGUGAUGAUUCUGAAAAUUCAUGCAACGCUGCGAAUAAAUGCAUUUCCAGCUUAAUCAGUCCAUAUUCAUGCAGGAAUCAUAUCUUGAUCAUUUCUGUUGACAUUCUGCUUUUGUUGAUCGUCUUAUCUAUCUUCGUUUCUAAAUUAGUCUCGAGAAAGAUUGCUGCACCAUCGCAGCCCCAAUGUUCCUCUCCAGCCAUAUAUGUUUCAACUAUUUUGAAUGGCUUUUUGGGUUUGGUUUACUUGGGCUGGGGAAUGUGGAUGAUUGCUGAGAAACUUGGUAGAUAUCAUACCAUUUUACCACUUCAUGGAUGGCUUGUAAUGCUACUCCAAGGGUUCAUUUGGUUGCUAUUAAAUCAAUUAAUAAGCUGGAAGAAAGUUCAGCUUCCUCAAACCGCAGCAGUGAAGUUCUGUUUGAUUCUCACUUUUUUGUUUUCUGGAUUUCUCUGCAUAUCAUCAAUCUGGGGAGCAGUUGCAGACAAAAAUUUGUCAGCUCUGAUGGUUUUGGAUUUUUCGUCCUUUCCGGGGGCAAUUCUUUUCCUCUACUGUGGUUUCAAGCGACAAAAUUAUGUAAGCACUGGUUUAGACAUAAGCAAUGAUGCUUCCUAUGAACCUUUGCCAGAUGAGGAAGCCAUUGCCACGGGUGAAAUCAGUUCAAACGACAAGGUCACUCCUUUCGCCAAAGCCGGAUUUUUCAGUCAGAUGUCAUUUUGGUGGCUGGGUCCAUUAAUGAAGAAAGGUAAGGGGAAAGUCAUUGAGGAUGGAGAUAUUCCACAGUUAAGACUGGCAGAUCGAGCAAAGACUUGCUACUUGAUGCAUAUGGAGCGGCUGAGAAGACGAAAACAAAAGGGAUUGGCCGAUUCCCUUUCUAUGCUUUCAGCAAUCAUUUCCUCGCACUGGAAAGAAAUUUUAAUUUCUGGGUUUUUUGCAUUGAUCAAGGUGCUCUCCUUGGCCACUGGCCCAUUGUUUUUAAAAGCUUUCAUUGAUGUUGCGGAAGGCAAAGCAGCAUUCGAAUAUGAGGGUUAUGUGCUAGCAGCGGGGUUGUUUUUAGCAAAAGUCCUCGAGUCUCUCUCAGAGAGGCAUUGGCGCUUUCGAACCAGACUAAUUGGGAUCCAAGUGAGAUCCAUGUUAUCUGCAGCUAUCUAUCAAAAGCAACUACGGCUGUCAAAUGCUGCGAAGGUAGCUCAUUCUUCUGGUGAAAUAGUGAGCUAUGUGACUGUAGAUGCUUAUCGAAUUGGUGAGUUCCCAUUUUGGUUUCAUCAAAUAUGGGCAACAAGCAUUCAGUUGUUUCUUGCCUUGACUAUUGUUUACUAUUCCGUUGGGUUGGCAACUCUGGCAGCUCUAGUGGCCCUAAUACUGAUUGUGCUUUCAAGUUACCCAUUUAUCAAAUUACAGCAUAAGUAUAUUACAAAGCUCAUGGUGGCACAAGAUAGGAGACUGAAGGCCAUUACAGAGGCACUUGCAAAUAUGAAAAUCUUGAAGUUGUAUGCCUGGGAAACACAUUUCAAGAAUGUUGUAGGUGAAUUAAGGAAAGAAGAAUUCCAGUGGGUAGCAGGAGUUCUACUGCAAAAAGGGUACCAUGUGGUUUUGUUUUGGUCAUCUCCUGUCGUUGUGCCAGCCAUUACUUUCUGGGCAUGCUACCUUCUUGGAAUUCCAGUUUCUGCUAGUAGUGUAUUCACAUUUCUGGCAAGUUUGCGCAUUGUUCAGGAACCAAUUAGGUUGAUUCCUGAUGUUGCAGGAGUCUUCAUUGAAGCAAAGGUCUCGCUAGAUAGGAUUGUGAAGUUUCUUGAAGCACCAGAAUUGCAGAACAGUACUACAAGGCAGAAGCUUAAUGGCAAAGAGCUUGGUCAGUCUAUUUUAAUCAGAACCUCUGAAAUUUCGUGGGGCAUUGAUUCCUCAUCAAAGGCUACAUUAAGGAACAUAAAUGUGGCGGUUAAACCAUUUGAAAAGGUUGCAAUAUGCGGAGAGGUUGGUUCAGGAAAAUCAACACUUUUAGCAGCAGUUCUCGGAGAAGUUCCAAAAAUUACCGGAACAAUCCAUGUUUAUGGAAAGAUAGCAUAUGUUUCUCAGAGUGCCUGGAUUCAAACGGGGACGAUACAGGAAAAUAUUCUGUUUGGGGCCGAAAUGGAUCCUGUAAGAUAUCAAGAGGUUCUUGAGAGGUGUUCUCUAGUGAAGGACCUUGAGAUGUUUCCAUUUGGUGACCUCACUGAGAUUGGAGAAAGAGGUGUCAAUCUGAGCGGAGGACAGAAACAACGGAUUCAACUAGCACGUGCACUGUAUCAGGAUGCAGAUAUAUAUCUAUUGGAUGAUCCAUUCAGUGCUGUUGACGCACAUACGGCAACAAGCCUAUUCAAUGAAUAUGUGAUUGAAGCUUUGUCUGAGAAGACAGUCUUACUUGUGACCCACCAAAUCGACUUCCUUCCAGCUUUCAAUUCUAUUUUGUUGAUGUCAGCUGGAGAAAUCAUUAGAUCUGAUACUUACAAUCAGUUGAUGGUUUCCAGUCAAAAUUUCCAAGACCUUGUCAAUGCGCACAAGGGCACAUCUGGUUCUGGUACAAAAGUUGAAUAUGCUUCAAGCAAGAGCGCUGAAACUUCCAAAACGGAAGAAAUUCAGAAAGUUCAUGCUAUAAAAAAGUUGAGAACGCCUUUAGGGGAUCAACUGAUUAAGCAAGAAGAGAGAGAAACAGGAGACACUGGUUUUAAGCCUUACAUACAGUACUUGAGUCAGAACAAGGGCUUCCUGUAUUUCUCUUUGGCAAUUAUAGUCCACAUCAUAUUCAUCGUUGGUCAAGGGAUACAAAGCUAUUGGUUAGCUGCUAACAUCCAGAAUUCUCAUGUAACCAGAGCAACCUUGUUCACGGUUUACUCGGUGAUCGGUUGUAGCUUGGCAGUGUUUUUACUGCUUCGAUCAUUCUUUGUAGUUCACUUAGGUUGUGGGGCUUCCGAAUCUAUUUUCUCUACACUUCUGACUUCUCUUUUCCAAGCACCAAUGUCCUUUUAUGACUCAACCCCUGUGGGUAGAAUACUGAGUCGUGUAUCGUCUGAUUUGAGUACGAUUGACCUUGAAGUGGCUUUCAAAUUGACCAUUGCAAUAGGAACAACCAUGAAUACAUACUUCAACUUUGCAGUGUUGGCUUUUCUUACCUGGCCAGUCCUAUUUGUCAUGAUUCCAAUGAUUUAUCUGAGUAUUCUGUUGCAGAGGUAUUAUUUUGCUUCUGCAAAAGAGUUGAUGCGAAUAAAUGGCACUAGCAAGUCCUCGGUUGCAAGCCAUCUUGCUGAAUCAAUUGCAGGAGCCAUGACAAUCAGAGCUUUUGGGGAAGAAGAUCGAUUCUUUUCCAAGAAUCUAGAUCUCAUCGACCGAAAUGCAAGUCCAUACUUUCAUAGUUUUACUGCAGAUGAGUGGCUGAUUCAAAGGCUGGAACUACUAUGUGCAAUUGUUCUCUCAUCGUCAACUCUUGCCAUGAUUUUGCUUCAUCCUACAGCUUCUGCAUCUGGGUUUAUUGGAAUGGAACUGUCAUAUGGCCUUUCAUUAAACGUAUUCCUCGUCUUCUCUGCCCAAUUCCAAUGCGCAGUAUCUAAUUCAAUCAUUUCAGUAGAAAGACUGGAACAAUACAUGCAUAUUCCUAGUGAAGCUCCAGAAGUAAUAGAGACCAACCGACCUAACCCCAACUGGCCUGCUGUUGGUAAGGUGGAAAUAUUCAAUUUGAAGGUUAGAUAUCGGCCAAAUGCUCCACUAGUUCUUCAGGGGAUAACUUGCACAAUUGAAGGAAGGCACAAAGUUGGGAUAGUUGGCCGGACAGGAAGUGGAAAGACAACUUUCAUCAGUGCCUUGUUUCGUUUAGUGGAGCCUGCUGGUGGAAAAAUAGUUAUAGAUGGCCUCGACAUCUCCACCAUCGGGCUCCAUGAUCUAAGAUCCCGUUUUGCAGUCAUCCCACAAGAUCCAACACUUUUUGUCGGAUCUGUCAGAUACAAUUUGGACCCCUUAUCAAAGCAUACAGAUCAAGAAAUAUGGGAGGUUCUUGAAAAAUGCCAUCUUCGGGUAGCGAUUCAAGAGAAAGAAGAGGGCCUGGAUUCUUUAGUUGCACAAGAUGGAUCAAACUGGAGCAUGGGACAACGCCAGCUGUUUUGUUUAGGACGUGCAUUAUUAAAGAGAAGCAGAAUACUGGUGCUUGAUGAAGCCACUGCAUCAAUUGACAAUGCAACGGACUCCAUUCUCCAGAAAACUAUAAGAACAGAAUUUGCAGAGUGCACCGUCAUAACUGUGGCUCACAGAAUACCAACAGUGAUGGACUGCACUAUGGUUCUUGCCAUUAGUGAUGGUAAGUUGGUAGAGUAUGAUGAGCCAUUGAAGCUGAUGAGCAAGGAAGGGUCCCUAUUUGGGCAGCUAGUAAAAGAAUACUGGUCUGGUGCCAAGAACAGCAGCAGCUAG